UAUCUGGUGCUUUAUUUCAUGCAUGGUGUGAAAUAAUUUACCUUAAAUACAGUCGAAUACCCUAUUGCGGGUAUCUUACCAGUCAACCAUAGGGCAAAUCUGAAAUGUGUCAAGGUAGGUGUAGUGACAAAAAAAAACAUGUUACCUACCUCCCUACUCCUCCUCUCCUAUUCUACAUAAUUAGACGUAGGACGCUGUCUUUUUAAUUUCACUAUAUGGAAUCCAAAAUCAACAAUAAUCGUUCUUUCAUCGGUGUCCCUCAUUGUAGUCGGUUUUUUUUUUCUUAAAAAUUAAUAAUUGCUGCAUAAUGUUCUAUUCUCAUGUCUAUAACCACCAACAUACAAAUCCACGCGUACGAAGUCGCGGGCAACAGCUAGUUAGACAUAGGCAUGAGUCGGUACCCUUAAAUAAGCCUCCUAAGUGGGCGGGUGUACUUCGCCUAAAGUGCACGAGGCGGUAUACUUAAACUUAAAUAGGAAUAUACGCAGGAGUUAGGCAACUAAUAUAAAUUUACAUUGUAAAUAUAAGUGACGAGCCAAAGGGCUUCACGACACGUUUGAGUCAUAUAACCAGCCCAUACAACACUUUUACUUAGUCUCGGACCAUAAAUUUUAAACUGAGCCUUUAUUGUAAAGUGUGAAUGGCAACACAAAGCUGGUUUACUCGUAUUUAUCUCAGACGGUCAAUAAACAAGUAACUGUGAUUUUUAACCGACUUCAAUGCCUAAAUAAUCUAAAUAUCCUAAAGCUGUAUUCUACACAUGCAUGGACAGUCGAAUGAUUCCUACUAGAUUUACGGAAACCAGUGUAGGCGACAUGUUUGUUGUUAGAAACGCCGGAAAUCUGAUCCCUCACUCUCAACACUUUGUAGACGAGAUGACAAGCUGUGAACCAGCUGCGUUGGAACUUGGCUGUAUAAUUAAUGAUAUAAGGCACAUUAUUGUGUGCGGCCAUAGUGACUGUAAAGCUAUGAAUCUCUUGUAUAAAUUAAAAAGCAAAGACGAGUCAAACACGGAACAAAGAAGAAUGUCUCCCUUAAGAUCUUGGUUGUGUAAUCAUGGGCAAACAAGCUUGGACAAAUUCGUCGCAAUGGACGGCGAUUUUUCAAAACCGAUGUUGUUUACAGCUGAAACACCACAAACUAAAUUUGUAGCAUACAUUGAUCCAGAAAACAAAUUUAGUACAGAAGACAAAUUAUCUCAGGUCAAUACAUUACAACAACUUCAAAAUAUUGCAUCUUAUGGUAUGUUGAAAUCAAGACUGCAAAAACAUGACUUGCAUAUUCACGCACUCUGGUUUGAUAUCUUUACCGGGGACAUAUACUAUUUCAGCAGACGAGCCAAAACGUUUGUGGUCAUCGAUGAGUCUACCUAUGAAACAAUAUUAGCUGAAGUAAGAAGAUAUUAUUCGUAAAACAUAUUUCUUGAAUCGCAGCAUACAAGAUUCUUAUGGCAUAUCGUCCGAGCCAGAAAUAUACGGACGGACCCGGGUACGUCCUUAAACUACGUCCAAAAUGGGAGGUAUGGGCAUUGUGAAUGUCAUCUCGCUUUGUGUGGUAGGGCACAGCCAGUGGACGUUAUUCCAGAUCUAGAGCAGAGCCCAACUGGGGAAGUACCUCCACCAUACAGAAAACAGCAGCCAAAUAACACUACCUAUCUAGACCCUACUCAUAGUGUUGUGUUCCUGCCGGUGAGUAAGGUUGCCAGAGCUCAACGAGGGGGGCGGGGGGA